UUUCACCAAAAAAAACUACUAAUUUGAAUGCUAAACCAGGCAAAGAAAGCUUAUCAGCCAAUAUCACUUGCUAGAGCAAUUGCUCCAGUUUUGCCAACACAGAAGAUCAAAGAGUUAUUAUCUAAACCAACUUCAGAGUCUGUCAGCUUCCUGAUAGUGCGGCAUCCAUUUGAUCGUCUUCUAUCAGCAUAUAGGGACAAGAUGGAGAGGAAAAACAGAUACUAUUAUAAUCUGUAUGGAAAAGAAAUUGUUCGUAAAUACAGAGAGAGAGGAAUCGCUAGGUUUGGACACAAAUUCUAUCAGAGGAAUAUGAAUAACGGUGCUCCAAUGGUUGUCCCUGGAAGGAAAGGAUCAGAACCUACUUUCUGGGAGUUUGUUACAGCAAUUAUAGAGGAUGAAUUAAUGGACGAUCACUGGAUGCCUAUCAGUGAUCUCUGCAGCUUCUGCAGAAAAGGACUAAACUAUAACGUUAUAAUAAAAUAUGAAAAUAUGGCAGCUGAAGAAAGAUAUUUAUUAAACCGCUUGAAUGUGGAGGAUCUCAUAAUCCCUCAGUGGGAGAACAGAUACCCUGGCCAACCCAUUGAUCAACAUAUUAGGGAUGCAUAUUUUAAUUUACUGAACGAAGAAGAGAUAAAUGAUUUAUUCCAACUGUACGAGAUGGAUUUUCAUCUGUUUGGAUACGAGAUGGAUAUGAAAUAUCUCAUCAGGAUUAGAUGAUAAUAUACACAGAGAUCUAGACAGAUAUGAAAAUUAGUCUUCGAAAUUCAAUUCAGGGUCGACUUUAAAAUGUCCUAACGCCUUGGCCUUUAGUUUGAUUUUACAAGCUCAAUUAUAUAUUUUAAAGCUCUCUCUCUAUCUUUAUAUAUAUUAUAUAUAAGUGUAUAUAUGUAUGU